AUGACCGGUCCGUCGAUCCAAGACCGAACCAGCGAGUUCAGUUCCAUCCUAGGCCAGGCCCAGAAACGACUUGGAACCUCAAAAGUGGGAUCACAGCGUCAAGCGCUGUUGACAGAUACCCAGAAACGACAGGCGAAUGGUUCACCAUCAGUUGCACAGGAUGCGAAAGCGGGGCGCUCGGAGUUCGCGCGUCGGGCGCGAGAUAUCGGAAAGGGGAUCACAGGAACAACCGCCAAGUUGCAACGGCUGGCAGAGUUGGCUAAGCGCAAGACCCUCUUCGAUGACCGACCCGUCGAGAUCUCCGAAUUGACCUAUGUGAUUAAGCAAGAUCUGGCGGCGCUGAACCAGUCAAUCGCGUCGCUGCAAGCCUUGACACAAGCACAGCACCCGAAAUUCAACCGUUCAAAGACCGACCAGGAAGGCGAACACAAUGAUAAUGUUGUUGUCAUGUUACAGGGAAAACUUGCCGACGUGGGCGCCAGCUUCAAAGAAGUCUUAGAAGUCCGAACGAAGAACAUCCAGGCCUCUCGCUCGAGAACCGAGAAUUUCGUUUCCUCCGUAUCAUCGAAAUCCCAGAAUGCCCUCGAUUCUCAACGCUCCGAUUCACCUCUCUACAACCCCUCAGGCAGACGAACUCCCCAGCCCGGAUACCAAGGCAACUCAUCUGAUCUUUUGACUUUGGACCCUUCAAAUCCUUCACCAUUGGGCCGUCCUUCGAUGCAAUCAGACCAGCAGCUUUUGGUUAUGGAAGAGGCCCAAUCGAGCAACACUUAUAUCCAAGCCCGUGGAGAAGCCAUUGAGGCGAUUGAGCGUACAAUUAGCGAACUUGGAGGCAUUUUCGGCCAACUGGCUCAGAUGGUCAGCGAGCAAUCAGAGAUGAUUCAGCGCAUCGAUGCAAACACAGAAGAUGUUGUGGAUAACGUACAAGGAGCCCAGCGAGAGUUGAUGAAGUACUGGACCCGAGUGUCUGGAAACAGAUGGCUUAUCGCUAAGAUGUUUGGUGUUUUGAUGAUAUUCUUCCUUCUCUGGGUCUUGAUUUCCGGAUAG